UUAAAACUCCACGUCAGACGAAAUAGAUGCCAAACGUGUAAAAUAUUAUUUAUGCAAAAAUGUAUUAAUUGUUUAUUUUUAUAACUUAUUUAUUUUGAACUGCUACAACCCUUGACGAAGAUACAUUUUUUUGGGGAAACCUAAGAAGGAGGGAAAAAGCAAGCAAAAGCGGAAAUUUAACGGAAAUUUAAACUUGGCAUAUUUACAUUUUUUUAAAUGGAUUGGAACAAGAGACACGAUGUUAAAAACUGAGAUUACAUUUUCAAAAAUAUUUUACUACUAACACCAUAGUGGCUGUAACACAGCUCAAUUCAAUUGUGAUGUUUUCACUUUCAAUAUAAUCCAGUUCGAUAUCGACAACUUUCGUUCUUUUUUUGGCACUAGAGUGAAAAGAAAUUAGCAACGUAGGGGUGUGUGUAGGUGUGGGUGCUUACAUAUGUACACAAGUCGUGGCAUUUAAAGCUCUAAGCCUUAAUUAGAUUACAGCCUGUGAUAAUGAGUUACCUUAAAUAGAAGCCAAUUUAAUGAGUAGCUCACAGUUUCGACAACAAGUUUGAGUUGCGAUGAAGCUAAUUUUAUUACUAUCAUUGACGGUGUUUGAUUAUUUUACAGAUGCCAAUCCUGUAGUUGGUUUAUUUGAUCCUGCAUGCUUUGUGGUUAAUAAUACAAUAUGUCCCAAUGAGAAUGUAACCUUUUGGCUCUAUUCAAAAGAAACUGCGGACAAACCCAUUCUGCUAAAUCCGCUAGAAUUGAAUCCUUGGGACUUUAGGCCAACACGUCCACUGAAAAUUCUUGUGCAUGGUUAUACUGGAUAUAGAGAUUUUGCACCUAGCUCAUAUAUACGUCCAGUUUUACUAGAUAAUGAAGAUGUUUAUGUGAUUUCCAUUGAUUAUGGACCUCUGGUUCGCUAUCCAUGCUAUGUACAGGCUGUGAGAAAUGCUCCAUUGGUUAGCCAAUGUUUGGCUCAGCUUAUUAACAAUUUGGUCGAUCAGGGUAUAGUCGAGAAUAGUCAGAUACACAUUAUAGGCUUCAGUCUUGGAUCCCAAGUGGCUGGCCAGACGGCAAAUUAUGUGAGAAGGAAAUUGAAACACAUUACUGGCUUAGAUCCAGCUAAACCAUUAUUCAUAACUGGCAGUAAUUCGAGACGCUUGGAUGCCGAAGAUGCUGAAUUUGUGGAUGUCAUUCAUACCGAUGUUUUUGCUCGCGGCAUGUUACGUUCUAUGGGCCAUGUCGACUUCUAUCCUAACUUGGGACUAACUCAACCCGGUUGUAUGGAGGACAAUCCCAGUGAUCCAUCUAGUUGCAAUCAUGAACGUGCUCCCAUCUACUAUGCGGAAUCGAUCAAUUCCACCAAAGGUUUCUGGGGACGUCGCUGUUCCAGCUGGUUAAUCUAUCUCAUUGGAUUGUGCCCCACCCAAGGACCUCAAGCUGAGAUGGGCUAUCAUGUUGAUAAAGGAAUACAAGGCUCUUAUUUCCUAAAAACCGAUUCUAAAAGUCCCUACGCCUUGGGUAAAACGGACGAUGUCGAUAAUAGUAAAUUUUUGGCCAAGUUUAAGUUAAGCGCAGCCAACAAUGAAAUCGAUCAUGAAUUUGAGCCGCAGGUGGAGGAAAAAAUAGUUGAUUUAAGUGAAAAUGACAUUGAGCUGGAGAAAAAACUCUUUUUGGAAGACAAUUACGAAGAUGAAUUACUUUAAUAGCUUAAUACUUUACACUUGUCAUUGACUUUAGAACUUAAGAAAAUUUUUAUUAAAUAUUUAAAUAUAA